UGCACGGUAAUUGAAUAACAGCACAAUAUGGAUAUAAGACCUGUUUCCACCCGCGUUGCAAAGCGUUGGUUCAGUCGCCCGGUCAGACAUACAAUCGUUUGCAUCUUUCCAUCUUUUCUCUUUUUUCUUGCCUGUCAUUUCCAGGGUUUGUUAUAUCCACUUCCCUCCCCCGGUCCAUCAUGUCCGCUCUACAUGCGCUCGACGUAGAGAAGGCGGAUUCCAAGUUCGGCUCUACGACGACGCUCUGUGCCACUGGCGAAGGGGCAAGUAUCCCCUUGCCCGAGAAAGAGCCAGCAUCGUCCUUCGUUUCACGGCGGACCGAAGUGGAGGAUGAGCACCAUGAGAUACAACCUUCCACUGUAACAUGGGACGGGCCAGACGAUCCCACCAACCCCAAGAAUUGGAGUCCCGGACGCAAGUGGAUGACAUCCCUCAUCGUGUCCGGCUUCGCCUUCAUCGCCCCCGUCUCCUCCUCCAUUGCCGCCCCCGCGCUCGACAACAUCGGCACAGACCUCCACAUCCGGCCCGGAGUCGGCCUACAGAUGGUCAUGUCCAUCUUCCUCCUGACGGCGGCUCUCGGCCCCUUCGUCCUGUCCCCCUGCUCGGAAAUAUGGGGCCGGAGGCCGGUUAUACGGAUUGGGAACGUCAUCUUCGCUCUGUUCACGACUCUCUGUGGAUUUGCGGCCACCGGACCGCAGAUCACGGCGUAUCGCUUCCUCGCGGGUAUUGGGGGUAGCGCAUCGAUUGGAAUGGGAAGCGGCGUGCUGACGGAUUGCUGGCGGCCUGAGGAGCGUGGACGCGGCAUGGCCGUCUACCAACUGGCUCCAGUCCUGGGGCCUGCAAUUGGUCCAAUAGUCGGUGCGUAUGUCUGCCAGUACGGCUCUUGGCGCUGGGCUUUCUGGGGCAUCGCCAUCUUCAGCUUGUGCCUUCAGGCCGUUGCCCACUUCUGCCUGCAAGAGACAUACCCGCCAAGGAUCCUUCACCUCAAGGCCAAGAAGCUACGCGAAUCCACCUCCAGCUCGGCAUUCCAGACAGAAUGGGAAACGGGACACCGCACGCUGCCCAAGCUGUUACGCGUCUCGCUCUCACGGCCGUGGAUACUGUUGGGAACGCAGCCGAUCAUCCAGCUCUUCGCCCUGUACCAAGCAUUCAACUUCGGCAUGUUGUAUCUGCUCAUUUCCAGCUUCCCGCAGCUGUGGGAGGGCCGCUACGGCAUAAGCAAGGGGCUGGCAAGCUUGAACUACAUCUCGCUGGCUGGGGGUUCACUCGUUGGCGUCAGCAUCUGUGGCCCGCUGACCGAUACGAUAUACCGUCGUUUGAAAACACGGUACGGAAUCAAAGACGACGAGCCCGGUCGGCCCGAGUUUCGGAUCCCCUUGAUGAUUCCGGCGUCGAUCGUCACCCCUCUCGCUAUCUUCUUGUUCGCUUGGUCAGCCGAGGCGAAGCUGCAUUUUCUCGUACCCAAUUUAGGAGUUGCUCUGUUCGCGUGUAGCAGUAUGAUCUGCUACCAGUGCAUCGCAGCGUACAUUGCCGACUCGUUCAAUCAGUACUCUGCCUCUGCCUCGGCAGCAUGUGCUUUCCUACGUUCGUUUGCAGCCUUUAUAUUUCCCCUUUUCGUUCCAUAUUUGUUUGGGUCCAUGGGUUACGGCUGGGGAGGGAGCCUGUUGGGCCUCGUUGCUGUUGUUAUUGGCAUACCCACGCCAAUCUUGUUUUGGAUUUACGGUCAAAGGCUGAGAGGGAGGAGCAAGUUUGCUUAAUUGAACGGCAUGUGCAUACGAUCUGCGUCGGAGUUCGGCAGCGGUUGGUAGCAUCAUCUCUAUAGAAAGGGGCAGGCAAUAAUAGAAAGCGGUUACGAUUGGGUUGCAAGUUUGCGACCGUCGAUCUCGGAAGCUAUUCAGACCUGCCUAAUCCCGACUACAUAAAUUCUCACAACCCGAUUCAUGUCUGUUGAAUAUCGACGGCCUUGCGAGGAGAU